AUGAACGGUGUUGCACGAAAACAACUCACUUUACAUCUCCAAACGGAAGUUGACUGGAAUGAAGAUUUAGACCCAACCGACGAGGAUAUCACGUCGCUACAUGACAAGACUGAUGACGAAGGGACUGAUGUAUCUACCCCAGUUCCCGAACUUAUGUAUGAUGAAAAGAGCGAUGUGGCUACAAAAUACAAGCGGAGAAGCUCAAUAGCACGGCAGACCUCCAAAAAGCGCAGGAACUCAAGAAACUCCAUACAGACGAAGAGAGAUGUCGCGAAGAAAAAGAAACGACUGUCCCAAUUGCCGUUGACUAAAAUGGCUGCAGAUUACACCGCACCAGCGCAAUCAGAGGAAGUUGCUCCCAAACCAAGAGCUAACUCAAAAACCAAAGAACAGCUCGCAAGUGCUAAUAUGGAAGGGAGGUCCACGGAACCGCCGUCGCAGCGGGCUUUGCAGAACCAAAAUGGAAAUAUAAAUGAACCGAUGGAUGUCAUCGAAAUAUCGAGCGCUUCAGUCAGCCCCAGCUCCUCUAGUUCUGAGGAUGGCAUCGGUAUCCUCAGAAGUGAGGCAUAUCGAUAUCGGGUGAUUGGAACAGGCAGUAAUGGCAGGGGGACGGCUAUCGGCCAAUCGCUUGUUGAUGCACUAUGUGGUGUUGAGCUACACACGCAACUUCGACCUGCUAUUGAGACGACUCUACACUCUACCCGCAGGGCCCAGAGUGGCACUUACCAUGACGAAAUUGCCAGUCCUUCUUCGCGCAUGCUAAGCAACGAUAGAUCACAAAGUCAAUGCUCAAUGCCAUACCAUAAUGCAAUUGCUGAAAUGAUAAGACAAGCUCGAGUCCCGCAAGGCCCUCUUCAAUUGACACAGCUUACAAAUUUUCCAGUAGAGGUGGCAAGCCCUUUAAAGCCGAUGAAUAAGGUGGUGUCCAGUUCUUCAAAUGUCGAAGAGUCGCUGGAUGACAGGAACAAAACUGGCAUGAAAGUUGGAAACGAUGGACUGGGUGAUAAGAGCGAAGACCAGAACGAGCAGAAAACAGACCACCUAUCGGAGCCUCCGGAGAAACUUGAUCUUCUGGAAUAUCCUCAGAGAAGAAUUACGCCUUCCUAUCAUUUAGCCGUCAAUGGGAUGGGUAAUUCAUCGAAGUCCCCAUCAGGGUCAGCAACUAACCGGCAUGCGAAUGUGACUUUUCAAACUGAAAAGAGUAGGAAAGGCGCGACUCCGGAUUCUCAAAGGCCCCUUCUAGCGCAACAAACCCCUGUUCGAGCAAGUCCGUUGACGAACAUAGUUAAGACUGCCCGAAAAGGCAGUAUCGUGGAUGCCAAUGGCAGUCCCAGGCUUGUCAAGGAAGCGAAUGUGGUGGCUGAUCGAUUGCCAUCCGAAGAACUAAAACAGGUGCCGAUGCCCAGUGACAAUCAAAUUGUCCCUUCUAGCUCCAGUGACUACGAUCAAAAUUCGGUCAAGUCUUCAUCUGACAGCUCAGAAAAUGAACUGGCGUGGUCCAAAUACCAGAGGGAUAUGUUUCUAGAGUACGGGUUUGAAACGGGAUCUAUGAAGAAGAGCACUCAAUACUCUGAGGUGAAAGAGAGUGCCGCCAAAGAUGGCAAAAAUAAGACGCCCUGUCUUAAAGUUACGAAAAAUUCGUCUCCAAAAAGUUCACCCUCGAUUUUCGACUCGUUACCCGGUGUCGGUGUGACAUCAGGCCCAGAUGACUGUAGAGUUCACGCAAAUAAGGACGCCAUGCUUGCAGCAAACCUCCCCCAGAGAGAACCAGAAAACUUAGGUAUAAAAUCCAACCAGCAUGCGGUGAUUCCUUUGUCUACAGAAAUAGCCGGUGCUAUCCUGGCGGCUUCCGAAAGCCAACCCAGUGGGUCCAAUCCUCUGGACUGGACUUUAGCUCUACAAAGUGCCCAAAGAAGUGCACACGAUUUGCUACUGGAGACGAAUCAACGUCUAUCGAGUCAAUUGGCGGCAGAACAGGAGACUAUUCGUCAAGUGCUCCAAAUCUAUCGACAAGGAUGCAAUCGCGUUCUUGAUGAUUUAUUCCAAGCACAGAGAAUCCGCAUGGACCUUUACAACCAACAGAUGACCACGGUCAAAGAGCAACACCGCGAAAUUUGUCAAGAUUUGAUUCGGGGAUUACAGGAGCUGGACCAGCGGUUCUUCAUUGAGAACCCCAAUGUGGGCAAUAAUAGCCACCUCGAAGACUCUCGCAUUGCUGGAUACAACCCUCUUACCCCCCCUAAUGUUCUUCAACAUGAAAUCGCCUUGACCGAAAAGUCACGCCAAACCGUCCUCAAGGGACGUGAGGAAUCCGUCGCCGUUGUCCAUGGAACGGACAAGGAGAGAGAACGUCUGCUGGUCGUCAUUGGACCCUGUUCAAUUCACGACCCAGACAUGGCUCUAGAGUACUGCGACCGCCUGUUGAAAUUGAAGGAAAAAUACGAGGAUGACCUUCUAAUUGUCAUGCGCUCGUACUUGGAGAAACCCCGUACCACAGUCGGCUGGAAGGGUCUGAUCAACGAUCCUGAUAUUGAUAACAGCUUCAAGAUCAACAAGGGUCUGCGCACUUCACGUCAGAUGUUCGUCGACCUUACCAACAAGGGAAUGCCCCUUGCUAGCGAGAUGCUGGAUACCAUUUCUCCCCAGUUCUUGGCCGAUUGUCUUUCCGUUGGCGCCGUUGGCGCCCGUACAACCGAGUCCCAGGUUCACCGUGAGCUGUCCUCCGGUCUCUCUUUCCCCGUCGGCUUCAAGAACGGUACCGAUGGCUCCCUCGAUGUCGCAGUUGAUGCCAUUGGCUCUGUAAAACACCCUCACCACUUCCUUUCCGUUACCAAGCCCGGUGUUGUCUCUAUUGUCGGCACUGUUGGUAACCCUGACUGCUUCGUGAUUCUGCGCGGAGGCAAGAAGGGACCUAACUAUGAUGCUGCAAGCAUUAAGGAUGCGAAGGCGAAGCUUGAGGCCAAGGGACUCGUGCCUCGCUUGAUGGUUGACUGUAGUCAUGGUAACUCCGAGAAGAACCACAAGAACCAGCCCAAGGUUGCUGCUGUGCUUGGCGAACAGAUUGCCGCCGGCGAGAGUGCGAUCAUGGGUGUCAUGAUUGAGAGCAAUAUUAACGAGGGUGCUCAGAAGGUCCCUCCUGAGGGCAAGGCUGGCCUGAAGUACGGUGUCAGUAUCACUGAUGCCUGCAUUGGCUGGGAGGAUACCGAGUCUACACUGGAGUCAUUGGCACAGGCGGUGCGUGCUCGUCGGUCGAAGCUGAAUGGCAACUAA